AUGAGCAAAAAAUCACAUAGAACAGAAAUUAAACCACCAACAACCGUAACAAGAAGUCAUAUUGGAAUAAAUCCUAAAACUGGAGAAAUAGAAUUUGAAAAUUUACCUUCUACAUGGGUAGCUUUUUUUAAAAAAGCAGGAAUUAGAAAGAAAGAUUUAUCAGAUAAAGAAACAAGAGAUAAAGUAUUUAAGUUAAUGGCAAGUUCUCAUAUAGUAAAUGACAUGCAAAAAGAAGUUAAUAAUAACCCAAGUACUGCACGUGCAUUAAGAAAUUCAGUUCGUCAACAAAAAAAGAUUCCUGAAGGCAUAACACUAACUCCAAUUACCCCUGGAUUUAUUCAACAACAAAAAAAGAAAGAGGUGGAUAGAACUCUUAACCAAUGUACUUCUGGAAAUUCAUCUUCAAAGAAAGAAAUUAAAGACCAACCUAAAUCUAUUACUAAACAAAAUUAUUCAAAACAAUCUCAACCAAUACAAAAACCCGUUUCAUAUGAAACUGGAAAGAAAAAACCAGAACCUAAACAAACUAAUACUACUACACCAGUUAGGGGAAAAGUUACGAUUCCAAAGGUUUUUUGUGGAGAAGAACAACAAGAAAAACCAUUAACAUUUUAUGAAAAAAUGCAACUUAAAGAAAAAGAAAAACCUAAAACUAGUAAUGUUACAAAUAACUCUACUCUUGUUAAACAAAAACAAGAACAAAAAAAAUCUGACUUCUCUACUAAACCUACAUCUGCUCACACUUAUUCUUCUUCUUAUACUUCCCAUUCAACUCAACCUGUUUCUUAUAAUACUUCUCAUAAUGUGAAAGAAACAACUAAGUCUUCAACUGUAACUAAAAAGGAAAAUAGUUUAGAACUUAAAACCUCUACUACCACUCAACACAAAGAUGAUAAAAUUAAUCACACUUCUUCUUCUACUAGAGCUUAUCAACAGCCUCAAUUUACAAAACCAAAAAUAACACCUUCACAGUCAAACACAUCUUCAAAGUCUCAAGUUAGUACAUCAAAACCAAUUAAGUUUGAACAAAAACAAAGUAAUGAUGUUGAUAUGAGUAAAGUUUUUGCUGAACAAAGAGGUCAACUAAAAAAAACAGGUCCACAAAGACAAACACCUUCUGUCACUAAAUCUUCAUCUUCUACACAAUUUGCUCCUAAAAGCCAAUCUUAUUCUAAUCCUAAAACAACUACAAAAACAUAUACUUCUUCUUCUACAGUGCCAAAACCUGUACAUUCAACAAAUUCUAUUCAACCAACUACUAAACCCUCAUCGUAUAAAACUACUUAUGGCUCAGUUACAAAUUCUUCUCCAAGAACUAAACUUAAUACAAAUUCUCCUUUUUCAUCUCAAACAAAUGAACAAAAAAAAGAAGAGCUAAAACCAAUUAUUAAGAAGGAAGAGCCAAAACCAAUUAUUAAGGAAGAAGAACCAAAAUGCGACAUUACAGAAGUUCAUACCGUUCCAUUACCACCAUCAACUGUUCCUAGUUUUGUUCCACCACCACCUCCUCUUUCAGAAGAUGCUUAUACUACAGAGAUGACGUCUCCUAACUCUGCUCCAACUGUGUCAUUUACAGAUUUAAUAUAUGCACAAAGCAAUAACUUGAAACCAACAGAAAUAGAAGAACGACAAAAAGAAGAGGAUGAAGUUAUUACUGCACUUCGUAAUAUUUUAUCAGAUAGAAGAAAGGACAUGAAUAUGGAAGAUAAUGAAGAAGAUAGUGAGGAUGAUUGGAGUGAUGAUUGGUAA